AUGUAUGGUAACAUAUACAGAUUAUAUUAUGGACAGAUGCUAGUUGUAGUAUUGUGUGGGAAGGAAAACGUUCACGAAGCGUUCGUUAAGCAAGCCGACGUUUUCAGUGACAGACCGGCUGUAACACAUCUGAAACGGAACGAAUUGGGCAUUAUUGAAUCUAAUGGGAAAACAUGGAAAAUGCUACGGAGGUUCGCGUUGAGAUCACUGAGAGAUUUAGGAGUCGGGAAAAGAACUAUAGAAGAAAAAAUUCUGCUUGAAAGCUACGAUCUCGUGAAUGAAAUCUGUAAACGAAACGAACAACCCUUUAGUGUCCGGGACAUGUACAAUCACGCACUCACCAAUAUACUACAUACCAUUCUGUUUGGGAGCCGUCCAGACUACACUGAUCCGGAAUUGAAUAAUAUUAUGAGAUGUAUUCGUGAAAUUACUGACAAGCCAUUAGCUUUGUUUGCUCCAACAACCAUUUGGCCAUUCUUGAAACUAUUUAGGAAGAACAAGAUAGCGAAUGAAUUAGCUACCGAAAUCAAAGCGUAUGGUAUGUUAAGUAGAUAUAUAGAGAAUCAAUUAGAGGAACACAGAUCGACGUUUGACAAUUCUAACAUUCGAGAUUUUAUUGAUAUUUUUCUAGGAACCGAGAAGAACGGGAGCGAUUCUGAUAUCACUACGAAACAGAUGGUACAAGUUAUUAUUGAUCUAUUCAAUGCCGGAACGGACACUACUUCCAACACUCUGGAAUGGGCAGCUCUGUAUAUGAUCUCGUUCCCUGAUGUCCAAGGGAAAUGUCAACAAGAAAUCGACGAAGUAGUUGGCCAGGGUCGUCAAGUGCGUUUGUCCGACAGACAAAGAAUGCCGUAUGUUGAGGCGACAUUAUUGGAGAUUCAACGUAUAGUUAAUGUUGCAAGUUCGAGUCUCCCUCACAUAGCUUCUCGGGACGCCGUGGUUGCAGGCCAUCGCAUUCCUAAAGGUGCCGUUAUAUUUGGAAAUCUUCAGGUAACACACAUGGAUUCCAGUUACUGGGAUGACCCGCUUGCCUUUAAACCGGGUCGUUUUCUGGACCCGGACUACAAAGUAAAGAAGUAUAAUGGAUUCAUGCCGUUUUCUGUGGGUCCACGUGCCUGUCCCGGGGAGUCUCUCGCUAAAGCUGCCAUGUUCUUGAUAUUCUCUAACACACUUCAGAAACUCGAUUUACGGAAGACUGAAGAGGACACAGUUCUCAGUUUUGAAGGCGAGUACGGUAUAACUGUAAGCCCGAAGCCUUUUGAAUUACGAGCUUUUGAGCGGGUUUAG